AUGCGCACGCGAGGUUCCCUCUCAGGACCCGCAGACGUGCUUGACACUCUAUUAAGCCCCAAGGCACCAAAGGAUAUCGACCCACGACGCUACGGCUUCCGCAUGUUCGCGACUUUCAAGACGUCCGACAAGCGAUACGCCGAGAUUGUCAACUGUGGAUUAUGGGUCGCCAGUGGUGCCUGGCGUGGCGAACACUUGGUUAUCGAUGCCUACCGUGUUACAUAA